AGCAUUGAGCAGUCGAGUUGUCCCCUUGAGUGCGGUCCACGCUCCUUCAAGGCCGCUCAAGCGUUUAUCCUUUCAAAUAAUUGUCGUCUUCAAAAUAGUGACGGUUUUUGUAAGUCGGUGAUCGCUUAGUAUGUCACUUCGGUAACAAAAUUAACUUAUUUUUUUAAGAUUCUACAGAGUGUAAUGUGUGACCUAGUGUGUGAGAUGUGCAACAGUUGUAUGCUGGUAGAAAUGCCAGCAGCAGUCAUGCAAUAAGUGCAGGAGAGUUUAUAAUUUGGUAAUACGAAUUACACAGUGCAAAUAUCUAUCAGGACGGAUUACAAAAGUGCAUAUCGGACAUAUGAUUAAGAAGUAACUGAUAAUUUACUCAACUCAAAGUCGGUCAAUGGCAAUUUCAUGUAUAAUACAACUGGAAACCAGAUACAAGGACUUGGACGAUGCUGAAAGAUGUUUCAGUUGUGCUCAAGAUUCUUCUAUACUCAGUUGUAACAACACAUUGCUGCCAAAAUCGAAGAAAUGGAUGUCAAACUGCAGACAAUUACACUGAUCACCAGUUGAUCCUUGUCAAAAAAUGGGCGCCUCUAAUCUGGCUUGCACCAGGAGAAGAAUUUCUUCCCAGCAGCACAAAAUCAUUCUUGGAACAUGUUGUGCCAUUCAUGCCUUCAACUUGGUUUCAUGACCAACAAGCAAGAAAAAUUUCAUUCCUGCCCACUGGAUCAGAAUCUCAACAAUGGUUCCUCAAAACUUUUCAAGACGUUGACAAACUCCUAUUCAACAAGUCAUCAAUUCUGUAUGGAGAGAACCCGAACAAAGAGUCAGUGCCAGUUUAUACACACCUGACGAACUGCAAGAAGCAAGGCCAUUUUCAAGUCACCUUUUGGCUUUUCUAUCCCUACAACCGCGGAAAGGAAGUGUGUACACUGAAUACGUUGAUGGGGGUUGUUCCAAUUCCCCGCUGGCUCAACGGCCAGUGCUUGGGUUUGAUGAAGGAAUUUGGAAACCAUGUUGGCGACUGGGAGCAUGUGUCUCUCAAUUUCAAGGGUAAAGAGCACCCAGCUGAAAUGUAUGUGUCAGUUCAUAGUUUCGGAAGCUACUAUAAAUUUGAUGAAACGCGAAACCAGUUCAUCUUACAUGGAAGGAUGGCCAGAUACCGGCCACAGUUUCCAAAAACUGUGAAUUUAAUUCAAGGGAGUCAUCCGGUUUUAUUUGCAGCUAAAGGAUCGCAUGGUCUUUGGGCUACGCCAGGACGUCACAAAUACGUGAACAUUCCGAGUCUAUAUGACGAGAGCGGCUAUGGAGUAAAGUGGACCACUUGGAAAUCUCUGAAAAUCAUCAAAGACUUCAAUUCAGGAUGGCUGAGAUUCCAAGGUCGCUGGGGAAAUCCCCGUGAAAAGUGUUUUCCUCUGUCCAACACCAUAUGUCAACUCGUUGAUGGACCAACUGGUAUACCAAUGAAGAAACUCCACUUUACUUGCUGAGAUGUGUACCUAUCAAUCUGCAGCUAUUGGAGCUAGUCAAUAAUAAAUUUGUAAGAAGAAAAUCUAAAAAUUUCAAGUUUUUGGGAUUUUACUGAUACAAUCAUUUGUCUGACUUCAUCGAGAUUGAGUGGUAGAAUCCCAACUCCUCCAAAUGAAGAAUAUUUUGAAUUCAUUUCAUCAAUGUAUGUAACCACCCACUUGUAAUCUAUUCCAUAAAUAAAUCACCAACUGAAUUUCAACUUGGAUAAUUGCAAGUAAUGAUUUUAAAAAUAUUUGUUCGUGUUCUAAGUUUAAAAGUUUGUUGUAGGCUACUUAUUCACCUAAUUUGUGAAAAACUUGUGAUCAAAUUUAUUAUUUUAUAUUUCGAAUCAAGUUGAAUUUAAACUGUGAUAAGUAGAACAUUUUUGAUAUGAUAAUUAUAUUUGAGAUAUUAUAUUAAAUUCUAAAUUUA